AUGUGUGCAAAACAUAAUGCUAUGAUAUAUGGUGUUGCUGAUCGGAUUGAAUUUAUUUUGGGUGAUUACUUGGAGCUUAUUCCCAGAUUAAAGGUAAAUGCCAUCAAGGAAUUCUCUCAACUCAUCAAAACUUGUUAA